AUGGACCAGCGUCCACCUGCACGACCGCCGGACGGUCAACAGUUCCUUUAUAAUAUGUAUCCUCAACAGAGACCCCCUCCUGUUCAGCCGAAUUUUUAUCGUGAACAUCUUCCCCACAUCGUCCCCUCACAGGGCUUUAACCUUCGAGCUCCCGCUGUCCGUUCAGUAGAUUAUGCGGCAGGUAGAGAUGCUGGCGCGGGACUAGACGGAGUAGUUGGUCGUCGUGAUGAUACUGGUCACGAUGUCGAAGACGAGACAUGGGAACCAUCCCAGGCCUUUAACCACCCAAACCAGGAUCCUCACGCUUUCGGUCCUGCCAAUCGUGCACCGCCGAAUUCUGACCAGCCAUUGUUCAACGAAGGCGACCAGGAGGGCAUCUUUGGUGACUUCCACACAUUCUUCUCGGAUGAUGUCCCUGUCCCGUCUGUCCCGAAGAAGCAGUCAGCCUGGGCUGGUGCCGAAUGCUACGAUCUUGCGGUGAUCACUUCGCGUGUUAACCCAUACAUACGGCCAAUUGACCAGCGAGACAAGAUAUAUCAGAAGGUUGGGGCGGUUUUGGGCGGUCGCACUUCAGGUGCAGUAAUGGAGAAGCUACGUGAGCUUGCACAGUUUCAUCAGGUGUGUUUCCUUGUUGCGUUGUCCCGCCCAUGGACUCCGAGUCGCGUCCUCACUGUUGCUUUCAAGAAUGACGAUAGCCCCAAAUUUUCUCACUUGAAGAAGCUCCUGGGUUCAAGAUAUCUUAUACCCAUUCGGUCUGUCCUUGAGGGAUUGAAUGACCUGAGGAACGGUGCAAAUAGUGUGGCGGAGGGUGCAAAGGCUGAGAAGUCCAAGAAGGAAGCCAUGGACAAACGUGCAGGCGAAUUCUUUCGCGAUUGCGCAAAGGAGAAUCUCUGCCGUGCAGAGAAGCGCCCCCGUGCAUACUCCGAGUCUUCGGACAGUGGUUCCUCGUCGGACGAUGACUCGUCUGACGAUAGUUUUACAAGUGGACGUGGCUCUCUCAGCCCGGAGCAAUCGAGACCGUCAACUCCAGCGACUGGAAAUCGUGACGAGAAUAUCCCGCCACGCGAUGCCCCUCCCUCACCGUCACGCCUUCGUCAUGAACAGUCCGCGGCUUUAUCCCACAUUGACUCCAACAACCUCGCUACCGCCUCUCGCUCCCCCACCCACUCCCCCUCCCCCUCACCUUCCGAACGCCGUCAUCGCUCCCCUUCGGCCACCCAUCCGAAUGAAGGCUCACGUACACCCGGUGGUUCUAGUUUCCGUACGCCCUCGCAUAACGGUUCGCCUCAGCAGGCAUCUCGCACAUCACCGCAAGGUCCUGCGGUGUCUUCAUCAAGAUCCUCGCGUUGUGCUGAUGCGAUGCCAGAGCCCGAUGCAGGUGUUCAUAGGUCGAAGAAGCGACGGACGGGCAGGUCUAACGCUGUUUUAGUUAGUAAGGUUUUGGAGAAACAUCAGGAGGUGGAGGAUCGGCGAACACGGAAGUUGGUGAAGGUUGUGCGCGAGGAUAGCAUGGAGCGUAAUAGACUCUUGGGCCGCCUGGUCGGCGGUAUGGAGACGAUGAUUGAUCUUUACCGUCAAUCCAUGGACGAUUGAUCUAGUACGUGUUGCGUUCACCUGCUCUAAUUAGUAAUUCGAGUCCUUUCUUGGUCCUUCCUUGCUAUUCCCUCUGUCUGGUGCUGUGAACAUCUUGUACAUUUACACUACACAUAAUCCUGUCAGCUUACUGUUCCAUAGACUACUGUACACAUUCUCGAGUCCUG